AUGGUGGUGGGGUGCAGGRUCGGCUCCCCUGCACUGCACGGUGAGGGGGGCAGGUGGCCAAACCCCCCCUAAGGCAGCCGGCGUCAGCGAGGGCCAGAGGCAUGRGAGGGGAAGGUCAGGGAGAGUGUCCGGCCUUGCAGCGAGGGAUUAGCGCUGCCCUUGCUGCAUCACGCGGCCCUGGGCCCAUUCCCCGCCUAAUCCCCUCAUUCUGGGCAGCUGGCCAGCACCGGGCAGGGGCACCAGCCCCCUCUGGCCCUGUCUGCGCUGUAAGGAGCAGAGCUGCCCCUUUGGCCCCACAAUGCCUCUCGGGGCRCUCAGUCCUUCAGGUCACCCAGCCUGCCUAGGCACUGUGCUAAAGGGAGAUCAAGGAGUCAGCAGGGAAACUGAGGCACCAGUGGCUUGCAGCCACUCCAGAGCUGUGCCGUGGCUGUAGUGGUGCAAACAGGAACUCACACCAGAGAGCAGCAGGCAGAGGUACCCAGGGCCAGUGCUGAGGCAAGAGGGGUCUGAAGUGCCCAAAUGUAUCAAGUGCUGGCAGGAUUUAGGGUGGGCAGCACGUGCCUGCAGGGCAACCCAGGCCCUGUGGCCAGUCCCAGCCCGCCAUGUGUCAGGGUGGCAGCGCCUGCAUUGCUGGGUGCUCGCUGCAUSCCACAGGCUCACCCCCAUGGCUCUCCUUUCCCUGCAGGGUGCCGGGUGAGGCGGGAUGGUGCCGGUGCUGGUGCUGUGGGCCUGCCUGGCACUGGGCACAGCCCGUGAGGAGASCCACGCACCCGAGCCCCUGGCAGGCGGCCAGCCUUUUGCCGUGGUGUGGAACAUCCCCACCGGCCGCUGCCAGCACCGCUUCGGCGUGGGGCUGCCCCUCGGUGACUACGGCAUCGUGGAGAACCAGGGCGGCGACUUUGCCGGUCAGAACAUCACCAUCUUCUACAAGAACAAGUUUGGGCUGUACCCUUACCUGUCAGAGCAGGGUGUCCCCCACAACGGGGGCAUCCCCCAGYGCGUCCCCCUCAGCGCCCACCUGGACAGGGUGGCCGAGGACAUCCGCCUCCUCCUGCGACCUGCUUUCCAUGGCUUGGCCGUGGUGGACUGGGAGGAGUGGAGGCCCCUUUGGGCCCAAAACUGGGGGCCCAAGAGGAUGUACCGGGCAGCCUCGGAGCAGUGGGUGCGGGACCAGCACGGCAUCCUGCCGGCACGGCAGCAGCUCCAGCUGGCCCAGUCGGAGUUUGAGCAGGCAGCACAGACUCUAAUGGAGGAGACGCUUCUGGCGGGCCGAACCCUGCGCCCCGCGGGGCUCUGGGGUUUCUACCGCUUUCCCGACUGCCUCAACGGCAACUGGGCCAAGGUGGCCAACUACAGCGGGCAGUGCCAGCCGGCGGAGGUGCAGCGUAACAACCUCCUGGGCUGGCUGUGGGCCGCCUCUUCUGCCCUGUACCCCAGCAUCUACCUGCCGCUGGCACUGCCGCCCGCGCUGCGCCRCCGCUACGUGCACCACCGGCUGCGUGAGGCCCUGCGCGUGGCCGCCUUCGGGACCGACGGCCUCCUGCCCGUGAUCGCCUACUCGCGCCUCUCCUUCCGCCGCUCGCCCCGGUUCCUGGAGCUGGCUGACCUGGUGCACACCAUCGGGGAGAGCGCGGCGCUGGGCGCGGCUGGACUCGUGCUCUGGGGAGACAUGUCGUACUCCCGCUCGCCUGAAAGCUGUGCCAGCCUGCGCCACUACCUCGUGUCCACCCUGGGUCCCUACGUGGCCAAYGUGACGGCAGCAGCCCGAGAGUGCAGCUACAGACAGUGCCACGGGCACGGGCGCUGCGUGCGCCGGCAGCCCCACGACCUGGGCAGCCUCCUGCACCUUGGCCCCGGUGCUGGCCCCUCGGCCGCUUUCCGCUGCCACUGCUACCGUGGCUGGGCAGGCGAAAGCUGUGCCCGGCGGCUCUGGCUCAACCCUGUCCCCUCCUGCCAGGUGUCCACCCACCCUCACAGCCUCCAUGGGCACAAGGACCUCCCAUCCUCUGACACCUGCCUGCCACAGGGCACGUGGGGCUGGUGACCAAGGCUGGGGACCACCAUGGUCCCCUACCCCAGCAGUGCUGCUGCGGGCAUUUCCAAUGGUCUCAUUAACUUAAAUAAAUUGUCC